UACAUCUUCCGUCUCAAUGGUACCACGAUUGUCGUGGUACACUCAAGUAAUGACCCAUCAACCGCUGCAUCCGACUUGUUCAGGACAUCCUCGCAAUCAAUACAGUCUUCAUCUGCCAUAUGCAAGGACAACGUAAACUGGCGAAGAAGGACAAACAAACAGUCGGCAAGAUAUGCAGAAGAAGCGGAAAAUAGGUGCCCUGCUCAGUUACACACGGAAAAAGAGGAAGGUGGAGGGAUUAAUAAGGAGUCUGAAAGUGCGAAUUUACCCGAAUAUGAAACAGAAGAACUUGAUGAAGAG